UAACCAUUUCGGUGUCGGUCCCGUAAUGUUACAGCUUUGAAGCCAGUGUCGGUCCCGUAAUACUGCGCCAAAAUUUUAGCGGAUUCAAACCUUGCCAGAGAGCGCUGGUAGGUCUACAUGUGAGAGAAUUCAUCUCUGUGGUCAGUGUGCACAAUAUAAAAAAAUCAUGCGGCAAACAGUGCAUUAUGAGAGAAAAAAAUGGUGAUUGUGUUUCUGGUUUAAAACAGUGACUUUGCAGUGUAUUUUCAUAUGGUAUUUAUGGCUGUAUUAUCGUUUUCUUUAUUUCAUUUGAUAGAAUGGAAAAUAUAUUACAGAAUGGUUUACAGAGUCACCAGGGCACCUUGUCAUCAAGAGUCACCAGGGCACCUUGUCAUCAAGAGUCACCAGGGCACCUUGUCAUCAAGAGUCACCAGGGCACCUUGUCAUCAAGAGUCACCAGGGCACCUUGCCAUCGAGAGUCACCAGGGCACCUUGUCAUCGAGAGUCACCAGGGCACCUUGUCAUCAAGAGUCACCAGGGCACCUUGUCAUCAAGAGUCAUGAGGAUAAACAAGGCCUACCUGCCCCUCAAGGCUCACUACUUCUGCUUCUUUGGUUGUACAUCACCAAUCAUACCAUUCCUGGUGGUGAUUGGCGUUCAGCUUGGCAUCCCGGUGUCAGUGAUGGGCACCUUCUCAGCUGUGUUGUUGAUACUGGUGAUGCUGAUGAAGCCAGUGGUGGCGACUCUCGCCGAUGCCUUCCCUUCAUACCGCCACACCAUCUUCCUGCUGAUGUUGGGGCUGAUGGUGACAUGCUACAGCUCCCUGGCAUUUGUGCCCCCCUUGAGGGCAGAACCAAGGGUGGCAGGGCAGCUAGUGGACAGCACCGCCCAAGUGGCGGUGUUGCCAGUGACUGAUAAGCCUGGUCUGGCAAAAAGCCCAUUGCUACUGAGUCAGGACGACGGAGGGUGCUACAUAGCCCUGGCAUGGGACUGCAUAGCCACCUGCCAAGACCCAUGGUCGUGCUACCUGGGUAACAAGACCACCCCAGACCUGAGACUGUCACUCCUGCAGAAAGACCAUGGUUUAAUGCUGUCAGACUUGCAGGGAGACCACAAUCUAACACUUCUCCACUCUGGUCGUGGCCUCCAGGAGAAAGAGGAGGAGGUCAUAGGACACUGGUAUAAGCUAGAUGGAGUCAAUGCUACCUGGGAUGGCCUGUCAGCGAAUGUCAGUGUAGUGUGUCAGGGAGGGCAGUAUGAGGGUGACAAGUGUAUCAGUGCCUGGAGAUACUGGUACUUCUGGCUCUUCAUCCUCCUAGUCUUCCUAGGUCAAGUCUCCUUCAGCACUGCUAACUCUGUCACUGAUGCCAUAGUUGUGGAUACCAUUGGUGAGGAUGGGGGCUAUGGGCUGCAGAGAGCAUGGGGCACUGUGGGCUGGGGCCUCAUGGGGCCCAUUAGUGGUCUGCUGGUGGACUGGUGGUCGGGGACCUCUCUCACUAAGCAGUAUGGCCCUGCUUACCUGCUCUGCUUCCUGCUGGGGGCCAUGGAUGUGGCCCUCUCUGUUGUAGCUAUCAAGGUGAGUAGGAUUUCUGGGAGUUUCUGGCCCCUUCCUCAGGGGGCCAUGAAUGUGGCCCUCUCUGUUGCAGCUAUCAAGGUUAGGAGGACUUCUGGAAGUUUCUGGUCCCUUCCUCAGGGGGCCAUGAAUGUGGCCAUCUCUGUUGCAGCUAUCAAAGGGGCCAUGAAUGUGGCCCUCUCUGUUGCAGCUAUCAAAGGGGAGGAGGCAUCUGGAAGUUUCUGGCCCCUUCCUCAGGGGGCCAUGAAUGUGGCCCUCUCUGUUGCAGCUAUCAAGGUGAGGAAGACUUCUGGAAGUUUCUGGCCCCUUCCUCAGGGGGCCAUGAAUGUGGCCCUCUCUGUUCCAGCUAUCAAGGUGAGGAAGACUUCUGGAAGUUUCUGGCCCCUUCCUCAGGGGGCCAUGAAUGUGGCCCUCUCUGUUGCAGCUAUCAAGGUGAGGAGGACUUCUGGAAGUUUCUGGUCCCUUCCUCAGGGGGCCAUGAAUGUGGCCCUCUCUGUUGCAGCUAUCAAGGUGAGGAGGACUUCUGGAAGUUUCUGGCCCCUUCCUCAGGGGGCCAUGAAUGUGGCCCUCUCUGUUGCAGCUAUCAAGGUGAGGAGGACUUCUGGAAGUUUCUGGCCUCUUCCUCAGGGGGCCAUGAAUGUGGCCCUCUCUGUUGCAGCUAUCAAGGUGAGGAGGACUUCUGGAAGUUUCUGGCCUCUUCCUCAGUUCCUCCAUGUACAGUUCCUCAUAUACAGUUCCUCCUUUUACAGUUCCUCCAUAUACAGUUCCUCCAUAUACAGUUUCCUCCAUUUUACAGUUCCUCCAUGUACAGUUCCUCCAUAUACAGUUCCUCCAAAAUACAGUUCCUCCAUGGCAUGUAUUCUGGGUGCCUCGUUGGCUGAUCUCUGGUGUACCAUUGCCGGCCGGGUGCGAGCACUCGCCGUGUUGGGGGUGUGUGGGGCCUGGUUGUAUGAAGCGGAUACUCAAAAAGAAAUUUGCUCGAACGAGUAUAAGAUUGGCAUUGGUAUCGUGCACAAAACAAAACGACGGCAACAAGUCGAAAAGAUCACGCGGUAG